CUGUGUUACAGUAUUAGUGCUACUUAACCCAUGAUUCUCAUCUCUUCUCCUUUUCUUCCUUUGCUGCUGUCACCUGCUGUGCAAAGUUCAAUCUUCUCUUCUUCUUCUUCUUCUUCUUCUUCUUCUAUUCCUUUCUUGCUGUCACCUGCUGUUUAAACAUACGGCUAUAUUCGUUUUCUUUUUGUGUCACUUGCGGUGUACUACCAAAAUAAGAAUUUAGAGAUGAGGCUGUUGAAAGUAGCAACCUGUAAUCUGAACCAGUGGUCAAUGGAUUUUGACUAUAAUUUGAACAACAUAAAGGACUCCAUAGCUAAGGCUAAAGAAGCUGGUGCAGUUAUUAGACUCGGUCCUGAGCUUGAAAUCACCGGUUAUGGCUGUGAAGAUCAUUUCUUGGAACUUGAUACUGUCACUCAUUCAUGGGAAUGCUUGAAAGAAAUUCUUGUUGGUGAUUGGACGGAUGGAAUAUUAUGCAGCAUAGGAAUGCCAGUUAUCAAGGGAUCAGCACGUUACAAUUGCCAAGUUUUAUGUAUGAACAGAAAGAUUAUAAUGAUACGCCCAAAGAUGAGACUUGCAGAGGGCGACAAUUCCAUGGAGCCUCGAUGGUUCAAGCCAUGGAAACAGAAAGAUCAGUUAGUGGAUUACCAACUCCCCAUUGAAAUUACAGAGGCAACAUCCCAGAAAUCAGUACCUUUUGGAUAUGGAUACAUUCAAUUUCUAGACACAUCUGUUGCUGCCGAAGUUUGCAAAGAGCUGUUUACCCCUUUCCCUCCUCAUGAUGAUCUAGCACUCAAUGGAGUUGAAGUUUUCAUGAACGCGAGUGCAAGCAUUCACCAAGUGGGAAAGGCACUAGAUUUUCGUUUCCGUGCUUUGAUAGGUGUUACUCGCAGCCUUGGCGGAGUCUACAUGUACAGCAAUCAGCGAGGAUGUGAUGGUGGUCGCCUUUACUACGAUGGAUGCUCUUGUGUUCUUGUAAAUGGAGAAGUGGUGUCUCUAGGCUCACAGUUUUCCUUAAAGGAUGUUGAGGUUGUGGUUUCCCAAGUGGAUUUGGAUGCGGUUGCUGCUAAAAGGGGCUCUUUAAGUAUUUUUCGACAAGAAGCAAGUGGUGAGACCAGAGUACCAUCAAUAGCAGCACCAUACAAACUCUGUCAACCUUUUAACCUGCAAAGGCCCAUUUCUAGCCCUAUGAAGAUCAGUCCUUACUCUCCUGAGGAGGAACUAGCUUUAGGCCCUGCUUGCUGGCUGUGGGACUACUUAAGAAGAAGUGAAGCUUCUGGAUUUUUGCUUCCUCUAUCUGGUGGAGCUGGUAGUUCUUCUGUGGCUGCUAUUGUUGGUAGCAUGUGCCAGCUUGUUGUGAAAGAGAUAGCAAACGGGGAUGAACAAGUCAAAGCUGAUGCAGUUCGAAUUGGAUGUUAUACCAAUGGACAAUUUCCCACAGACAGCAAAGAAUUUGCAAAGCGCAUAUUUUAUACUGUAUUCAUGGGCUCUGAAAACAGUUCUGAAUCUACGAGACGACGGGCAAAGGUUCUGGCAGAUGAGGUUGGUUCGUGGCAUUUAGAUGUUUCAAUAGACAUUGUUGUUUCUGCACUGUUAUCAGUCAUUCAAGCGCUUAUAGGCAAGCAAACACUAAAUAAGGUAGAUGGGGGCUCUGAUGUUGAGAAUCGAGGGUUACGGAACAUUCAAGCACGAAUCAGGAUGGUACUAGCACUAACCUUAGCCUCAGUCUUGCCAUGGGUUCACAAGAAAUCAGGGUUUCAUCUUGUUUUGAGCAGCUCUAAUAUGGACAAAGAAUUAAGUGGGCAACUAACAAAGUAUGGCUGUAGCUCAGCUGAUAUAAAUCCAAUCGGAAGCGUCAACAAACAGGAUAUUCAGGCAUUUCUGAGAUGGGCUGCCACCAAUCUUGGUUACUCAUCCUUGGCAGAUAUUGACGCAGCUCUACCAACUGUCAGUAAAAUUCCUGUUGUGAUUUGCAUAAUCAAUCGCCCAUUUGCUAAUCAUAAAACUACAUUUUGCAUAAAACAGCUUGAUGAUCCUGAAAGGGGAACAAUUGAAGAACUUUCUGCCUAUGGGAAAUGGAGAAAAAAUUUCCGAUGUGGUCCAGUAUCAAUGUUUAAGAAUCUCUGCCACCAAUGGGGUUCGACAUUAACACCAGCUGAGGUUGCUAAUAAAGUGAAGAAAUUCUUCGAGUGCUACUCCCUUAAUCGGCACAAAAUGACAGUGUUAACACCUUUUUAUCAUGCUCAGAGUUACUCACCAGAUGAUAACAGAUGUGAUCUUCGUCAAUUUCUCUACAAUAAAAGAUGGUCCUAUCAAUUCCGUAAGAUUGAUGAAAUUGUUCAGGACUUGGAUGGUGAUAAAGUUGGCAUCACGCAAUCAAGUAACUAGGAAGACAUUUGAGCUUCUUCUGGCUGAUCACAGGACUGUUUUGUGGCAGCAGGCUAAUAGGGCAUUAUUAAACCGACCUUUUGUAGGAAACAAAAGCUUGCCCACAGCUUCUUGGGCUUUUUGCCCAUUUAAGGGUCGAGGAGAAAAUAAUUUAUCAAUUUAGGGUCAGAUAGAAAAUUUUUAUAAAUUUGGAGUUGGAGACGCCUACGCCUGUUAGAAUAUUUUUUUUUUCAAAUAUAUGUGCUGGCCGACGUUGCGCCAA